UCAGAUCGAUUACCUGCAGAUAUUUGGUCCCAAGCUGUAGAGGAGUGGACACGAACCAGUUGUUCUGUCAUGAAGAAACAAUUUGUUGCCAUUGCCUGUUUCAGUGCGGCUAUCCUAUUUGUGUAUCUACAUUUAAAAUGGAAUACAUUGAACCCAUCACAUGUCUACCUUCCUGCAAGAGGAGUGACCUAUCUCACAGAAGAGACUAUGCGUUAUGGAACAAUCUUUGUACCUUCCUUGAUGGCUGAUCCGAUCAAAUCACGCAUAUAUCUCAAACACGCCCACAAAGUCUACAAUUUAGGAGAUCAGGUUCAAGUGCAAAUUGAUCUGUAUGAUAGGAAUGGCAACCACAAGAAGACGGGAGGCGAUUUGUUGAGAGUUUGGAUGGAGAACCCUGAGAGAGCAGCUUUAGUUUCCGGUCGGGUAGCGGACUUCAAUAAUGGAAGUUAUACUGCUUUGUUUAAGGCUGCAUGGUCAGGAAGAGCAACAAUUAAGGCAUUCAUUGCUACGAGAAGGGAGGAGAUCGUUCUCAGCUACAUGAUAUUUCAAAAGUAUGGCAGUCUCUGGACACUUUUAGCUGAAUAUCAAGCAAACAAUCUCACGGAUGCCACGCAGUGCUCAAUUAGACAAGAAAAGUCCUUAAAGAACGAAUGGUGUAAUUUCACGAAAGAGAACGACGGUUACAGUUAUUACUGCAGGAAGUCCAAAAUCAAACAGUUGACUUGUAAUACAUGGUCGCAUUCAUAUAGUUCAUACGGACUUUACAUUCUCAAUACCACAGAGAAGGGCAUCCAGCGUCUAUCUGUGGAGGAUCCAAAAAAAACGAUAUUUUACAGAGUUCAGUGAAGGUGUCUGUCAACGGAACUUCUAAUGGUAUGGACAUGGCAGCCCCUAGGACUCCAUGCAGCAAGCUGGCACCGGUGGUCACAUGGCAACAAGAGUCGCCAAAUGGUUUCUUUGU